AUGUUCACUUUAAUCGAUAAGUUCAAAAGUCAAAAAACCCGAAUCAAUAUUAAUGAAUCUGAUAAUGAACAAGAAAAUAACUUAUGUUUAGAUAUCGAUAUUGAAGAACGAAAGAUGAAAUUAGCUGAAAGGCAAUUAGCAUAUCAUAAACCUCAAGCUGAAAUUGAAAAAUUAGAAUUAGAAAAUAUUAAAUUACGUAAAGAGCUUGAAAAUAAUUAG